AUGCCAGUGGUUGUCGAAGAUGAACUCGAACUCGUUCCGGAUGCCAAACUGCCGUCAAUUGCCGGAGUAAUAGAUGUAGACGUUGAUGUUGUUGAGGCUGUCGGCAAAGAUGUACUUGUGGAAAC